AUGAGUGAACUGACCAUUGAAAAAAUCUACGGAACCUCGUCAGAGUCGCCGGCUCAGUUUGUGGCGCAGGGAGACUACAUUGCUUACACGGCCAGUGGAGGCGUGGUAGUCUGCAAAGUCAACAAAGAUCUGAAAAUCCAAUGGCAGAAGUUCUUCUGUGCUAAUAACGUUCUCUCGGGUCAGACAACUACAAAAGUAGACGAGUAUGGGUUUCCCUUGGCGGGAGAGCCAGAAUUAGUUACUAGAGACGGUUUGGGGUCCUCAGACGAGCCAGACUCCCCGAGUACUACGAAAACCAUCAAGAUAAGAAAACAGGACGAGCCAGGCUCUUCAUCUCUGGCCAACAAGGUGAGAUCGAUCAAUUGUAUUGCGAUUUCCCCAGAUAAAAGACUCCUGGCUGUUGGAGAAGUCGGGUAUCAGCCACGGAUUUUGAUCUAUUCGCUGGCAAGAAACUGUUCCUGUAGACCUAUUCAUAUCAUUCAGGAACACCAAUUCGGAAUUAACUCGCUGUGUUUUUCUUCAGACUCCAAGAAACUGUGCUCGCUUGGCUUGGUUAACGACGGGUUCUUGAUAGUUUGGAAGUUUGUCAACAAACGGUUUGUGUUUGCCGGAAGCAAUAAGUGCUCCUCGAUUGUCAACAAGCUUUUCUGGCACGACGAUUACAUCAUCACGUUGGGUCUUCGACAUAUCAAGGUCUGGAGAGAGGAUUCUGUCCGUACAAGCACAAUCCUAAAAGGACGAAACGUUUUGUUGAAGAACUUCCUCAAUUCCAGCUUCAUCGAUAUCGACUGUCUCAACUUUUCUGAACUACUGGUGGCUUCUGACCAAGGAGAUCUUGGUUUGAUGAAUCUUGACGACGAGUCGAUUGUGCUUCGUAAGAUAUACCAACUGCCUAGCGAUACAAACCAGUUCAGAAUCGAUCAUGCUCAUGAAAACUUGGUCGUUGGCGGAAAAGAUCUCAAAAUUAUACCCCUAAACGAAAUCUUCACCGCACCUUUGAACGAUACGAUCCGCCCCACCCCAAGCUCUCCAACCAAGAUUGUGAAGAAAUCCGGUAUUCUUGCGCUGGAAACGCUCUUUGAGUUUGAAAACCUUGUUUAUCUGCAGGACGAACAGAUCUACUACACUGACAGUCUUUUACAAAAUGGCAAACCAAAAGUCCUGAUAAGUUCACUGGCAUCGAAACUAAAUGGGCUGAAACGGUGUGCUAACAACGACAUCCUGAUCUGGUCGAAAGAUGGUGUGGUCAAACGCUUGCAUGAUAAGGAGUUUGUGUUCUGUCAUUCAGUUGAUCUCCCAGCUGGUGAUCUGAUGGACAAUGCCCUCAGUGCGUUGGACUCCUACGCAGACAGUCUGGUUCUCGGAGAUCGUUUUGGAAACCUCACCUUUUCACAGAAAAGAGACGAUUUUAUGAAGGGCUACAAAGAAACAUACAAGGUUAGAGCACACGAGUCCAGCAUCAAUGAUAUUGUCAUGUUCGAAGUUGGGGAGUAUUCCUUUGUCGCAUCGUGCUCUCGUGACAGAACUAUUCAGCUGUUUAUGAAGAAAGACGAUAGCGAAUGGUCCCUAUUUCAAACGUUGACUGUCCACAAGGGAAAUGUGAUUAAACUUUUGUUCACCAGAGGGCUGGUAAUUGCAUCUUCCUCUGACAGAACCUUGUCUAUUCACAAAAUUUCCGUAGGAGAUGAAGGUCCAGUGCUGUCUCAAGAAAAGAUCAUAUCCAUCAAGAACUCUGCGCUGAGUUUCUAUGCGACCGAAGACGAGUUGGUGGUCGCAACCAAUGACAAAAAUCUGUUGAUUUACAACCUCAAGACCUUUGAGUCUGUCAAGUCGCUCAAACUGUACAAUAGGAACUUCGAUCCAUUACAAAUUGACAAUCUCGAGAUCCACGAGCACUUGCUCUUCGCUUCUUCUCCAGAUAAAUGUAUCAGACUGUUUGGUUAUAAAGACGGAAAGCUUUUGAGCUCGCAAUGGGGACAUUCUGAGACGAUCAUUGGGCUACUCUACGACACCGCUACCAAGACGCUGAUGACGGCCAGUCACGACGGAUGUAUGUUCAGCUGGAUUCUCAAUGGAGGUGGAGUUGUGUCUGAAUCUGCGCUUUCGUCUCCGUUGACUUCCAGCACAAGCCAGGACAUUGUUUCACCGCCUAAAGUUGUGAGGAAGAUUGUUCCUGGCCCUGAGUUGACGCCAAUGAAGUCUGCGGUGCUAUCCACACCAAAACUGUCGGCCAGUCGUUCUCCAUCAAUCAGCCGGAGCCCUUCUGUUCGUGCAUCGAGAACCACAAGGUCUCCUACAGCCAGCGCUGAGAAGCCUGCGACGCCGUCUUCGUCUCUGACAAGCAGGUCUUUUGGGCCCCGUGCGGGAUCUGUGCGUUCUGACACCACGCCAACCAGCAAUGUUCGGUCGCGGCUUGCUGGCAUGAAACUGGAGAAGACAGAGAAAAAGGGUGACACGGCAAAUGCGCUGGCAGAACAACUGAUACUUGAUCUGCGCAAGUUGCAGGCCAAGUUGGUUGAGGAGGAGAGUUUGGAGCCACCAACGGUGCAGAACCUGAGCACACAGCUGAACCGCACAUUAAAGCUGCUUCCGAACCACGACGAGAACCUGUUGAACGAGUACGGGACGGUGUUGAUGGACAAACUGCUGGGUGCGUUGGAAGGCGGCAGGGACAAGGAGAAUAUCGAAAAUAUAUGA